AUGCGCGUCGUACUUGCGCACCCGCCCUGGACGAAAGCAUUAAAACGAAAUCGGCUUUUCCGACUCAGCACCCUACCAGCGGAGCUUCAGUUUCAUGUUCUUACCUUUUGCUCUGCUUCUACUCUCUUUCAGCUUAUGAGAGUGUCCUCUAGUCUCCGAAAAGAAGCGCAGAAGCUCUUUUGGGCUUAUUCAGACACGUACUUUGUGAUCAAGGCACGUUGGCUCCUUGAUGGUGGCUACGCUGGCUACACUAGCAACGAUUUGGACUUUCUAGCCAAGGUGCAGAAUAUCCAGAUUGAUUGUGAUCUUGGAACACGGCACCAAAUUUGCCUAAUCCGUAACGGCGCUAAGGAAGUCCAGCAAGAUCGAAUCAGACACUUCUGGGAUGUGUUUCAAAGGAGGUGUCCAAGGGCAAAGAGGGUGAUUAUUAACCAGAUUGAGGUAUCGAUAUCAACAGGAAAGGGGGUAAAUUGUCUUGAAAAGGCACUUCAACACCUAGUUCAAUCAUCACCCCCUGGGAUUCUAGCCUCUGCAUCUAGUGUCCAGGAAGCCGACGUUCCAGCAGAUAUAGGUGCAAGUGAUCCAUCUACACAGAAUUUACAAAUAGCAGUGUACCAGCGGUGUCCAGACAGUUCAUGGAAGAAGAACAAUCUAGGAAAACACUGGAAGGCAGUUCUUGUGCCCGCAAAGCGAUUUUCAGGCCCAGUAGGACGCAUUUACGAAAUCCGGUAUAGAGACUCACUUGAAGAUAUGAAAUAUUGGGGAUUUUGGAUUACUGUAGUAGAGGCUGUGGAUCGCUAUCAUUUUGACAAGGGCAGAAACUGGCCGUUCUCUUGUCCAUUGAAAGAGUGCGACGUGUAUUUUCAAGAGGCAGGGGAGUGGACAAGGCACGCGUUAGAGUUUCACCCUCAGGGUUUGCUAGCAGAGUACUGUAUUAUUUCGUUUCCACGGGGUAGAAUUCAAGACGAACUUGUGGAUUAUAGGAACGAGCUAUCAGAGAAUCAUACAAAGAGUGAGGAAGAGACUAGAAAAAUUCAGCAGCAGUGGAACAGAGCAGGGCAGGAACAGCGAAACGAGAUGAAGCGUAUGUGGCAGCAGCAGCUACGCAAUGAUCCAGCAUGGGAGACGGGGGUAGAGGAUUGGUCUAAGAACCGCAUUUGGCAAGAAAUAAAUCAAAUGCUUCAGGAAGGAGAGGCAAAGCUGAGUAUUAAGAGUUGA